AUGGCGCACUCCGCCAACAUUACUCCGAUGACGAGUACACACCCUGGACGCAUAUCUGGAGAGUCGGAAGGGCAACUUACUGCAAGGCCAAAUCUGCCACGUGAAGAUGACGGCCAACAUAUGACGGGCGGAUUUCCCAAAUCCCCGAAACACAAAUUUUCCGACAGCCACAGCAGUCUGUCGUCUUAUACGUCUUCUAACCAGUCCGGAGGCCACUCCAGAAUAUCAUCGCUUUCAACAGUCAGCGGCAUCCAGCCGUUUACGUCGCUGUUGAACGAUGUGCCGGCCUUCGACACUAAGCUGGCAGAACACCAGCAAAAUAUGGGACAUGCGAUGGUCGACAUUCAGCCGCCAUCGCCGAGGACCGCGGCACAGUCCGAUCCGAAUGCAGUAUUAGAUCCCAGUCUGAAAGGACCAGGUCGUCCGGGUAGCCCCUCAGAUGCCAUCCUCAUCACUCGGGGCAUGGGCAGUAACAGGUCAAGUCCUACUGACGGUUUGAGCCCUCACUCAAAACAACAACAAGACAACCUCAAUUACCUCUCCUUACCUCAGGAGCAUCCGGGUUCGCGUACUCACAAGCGCGCCGUUUCUGCUCCCGACUUCGCGGCCAUCUCUGCUCCUACUUUCCAGCCCUUCCCUUCUGUUUCCGAAACAGCUCAAUUCCAGCCCCAACAGCCCUACGCCAUGUCACCUCCGGAGUCCCCUCCGCCUGCGGCGAAUCAUGACGAGAUCAAGUGUAUGUACAUCGAGAAUUGCGACACCGGAUCUCAGCCUCGCAAAGCCAUCUCGCACAUCUUUGGCCGCAACAAGCUCUGCACUCGCAUGAUUCCCGCUCACGUUUGGGUCCACUUCUGCCGCAAGCACUACCAGCGCAGUCGUUACCGCAACGCCCAUGAGUACUCCAAGCUCCAGGUCGACCUGGUACAGAAGCAGAUCGCCCGUGUUCAGCAGUGGAGCGACGAGAACGAGCGCGCAGGCAAGGCUGGUGUCGUCAACAGUUGGUCUCUCGCCAUCCGCAAGCGUGAGCAGAAGCGUCUCGAGGACAAGAAAGAGUCCAAGAAGCGCGCCUACCAGGAUGAGUCCGACGACGAGCAGCUCGACGGCGCCAUGCUCAACGGAACCGCGGUCCCCGAAUGGCUCCUCAGCAAGUGCGGUGCUGGUUACACCACGGUUGCCAUUCAGGAGAUUGUUGCGCAGUUGAAGACCGAGAUUGACGGCGGUGGACUCAGCCAGAUUCCCGACAUCGAGAUCCUUCCCACCAUCAGCAGCGACGGUCCCGACGAGAAGCCCAAGACCUACCUAAAGCGCAAGACCAGCGGCGGCGCUGCCCACAAGCGCUCUCAAUCUAUGGGCGUUACCCUGAGACCCGAGGCACUCCCCAUGGCUAGGCGUGUCAGCCAGCCCAACGCCUACUGGGGCCAUGAAGGCUUCGAUGCUUCCCGAGGUGCUAUGCCUGGUAUGCCCAGAGUUCCUUCUGCCAUGCGCCGCAUGAACAUCCCGCACCGCCCCGCCUUCGGCAACAUUCGCGAGGGUCAUCCUGAGGAGGACUACUACCGACAGCCUCAAAUGGGAUCGGGUCCCUUCGUCUUCGGCGCCGGCGGUCCCCAAGGCGGUCCUCUCCCUGCUCCGACUCCCCAGCGUCGCGGUAGCAAGACCAUGGCAUCUCACCUCGAGACCUCCACGAACAUGCCGUCCACCUACCCGGACCCUCGCCGCGCCUAUCACCAGCGCUCCCAGAGCGAGAUCGGAGGCUUCCACCAGGGACAGGCACCUACCUACCGCCCGUCCUCUUCUUCCGGAUACGCCGCCCCUGCUGCCUAUGGAUACGGAACCGGCACCGUCGAGCAAGACACUUACGAUGGCACAUACCCUCGUCCCCACGACAACCCGUUCGUCCAAGGCACCCAGCCCAACUACUAUGAAGACCCUCAGCGGCAGUACGCGUACGGCGCAUCCCCGUUCCAGCCGAAUCCCGCCUCUCGCCUCGGCCCCGUCGGUGUCAACAGACACGCUCGUCACCAGAGCACUCCCAAUGCGCCUCGUGCGAUGCACCGCGCUCCUUCAGCGCACGGCUUCGCGGUCGGUCCGAACAUGACACCCCAGCAUGACCAGCGCGGCGCCUACGACCGCACGCCUUCGGAGCACUCGCGCCAUUCGUCUUACGCCACGCCGCCCAUGCAACCUAUGCAACCCAUGCAGCCAAUGCAGCCCAUGCAGGACGCUGCUCGUCACUGA